AUGAAAGGACCUGCUAGCCCAAGACUGACCAGAAUCAGCUCUGCAGGCCUGGAGCUGCCACACCUGAUUCCAGGUACAGGGGUUGCUGCAGGUACGUUCACUUUGGUGCAGCUCCAACUGCCUGGAGAGCAGGAACUUUGCUGGGAGUCUAUGCAGAUGAGGGGUGGCCAUACCUCUGAUCACCAGGGUAAUGUGGGGAACAAGAAAAACUUUUGCACCUUUCUGUCCACGAAUAAGCGGUAUGACUCUUCACCAUCUACCACCCUCGUGCCUUCACAGCAGUCUGAAAUCACCCAGUCACCUCCCCUCGAGAACUCAUUGGGUGACAUCCUAGAGGAAGUUCACUCUCACUUAAGCAUAGUGGGUGUGUGGGGAAUCUGGCUGACCAUUCUCUUCAUCUUGUAAGUACUGGUACUUGGUGGCUGCUGAGGAGCUCUGGAUGAUGAACACUCAGCAUUUAUCUGUAACAUCCAGCAGUCAGGAUGCAACAACAUCUGUUAUGAUGAUUCUUUUCCUAUCUCUUUGAUUAGAAUUUGGGUUUUAUAGAUUGUCUUUGUGUCUUCUCCCUCUCUAGUAUAAGGCCAUGUAAUUUAUAUACUCAGGAUCUUAGAGAAAUAAAGGCAGAUGGAGAAUCUAGAGCUUGACCUGGAAGAGCAGAAAAGAUUAGAUAGUGAACUAAGCAUGCUAGAGGAGCAGAAGAGGACACAUAAGGCUCCUCUGAAAGGAUAUUUGCUAUGUAUUUUUGUCUUACAGAUCUUGACCAGGUUUGCACUUGAAGUAGGGUUCAUGAUAGACUAAUAUAUUCUCUAUGGGUUUCAAAUGUACCCCCCUUUAAAAUGCACUCAACCUCCCUGCUUCAAUGCAGUGGAUUGCUUUGUAUCCACGUUCACAGAGAAGACAAUUUUCAUGAUGUUAUUUAUGCACAGUAUUGCAGCGAUUUCCUGAUUCCUUAAUGCACUAAAAAUAUUUCAUCUGGAUAUCAGGAAAGUCAUGAGAGCACUUCAUGAGAAAUCCAACAGUGACUUUAAAGAAAUAUUUGGUGGUCUAAGAGUAUAUGGUUUGCUUUUCCUUGCUGUGGCAAAAAAGACUGGGCUCCAAAGGACUAGCACAGUGGACAGCACCUAG